AUGAGCGGUGCACCCAACCCAGCCGGAGGAUACUCAGGAGGGUCAGGCUACGCCGGUGGAGGUCGACAACCCUCUAGGACGUUCGAAGACCGAGCGGCGGCAAAAGAACAAAUGAUGCAAUCAGUACGCGAGUCUUCUCAACAAGACCGUCGUGUCUAUGUGGGCAAUUUGGCUUACGACGUCAAAUGGCACCAUCUCAAAGAUUUCAUGAGACAAGCUGGAGAAGUUCUCUUUGCUGAUGUCUUAACUCUUCCGAAUGGAAUGUCGAAGGGAUGCGGGAUUGUGGAAUACGCAAAUAGGGAACAAGCCCAACAGGCUAUCCAAACACUCAGCAACCAAAGCCUCAUGGGCCGUCUCGUUUACGUUCGAGAGGAUCGCGAAACCGAGCCCCGUUUCACCGGCCCUUCCGCUCGCGGCGGCUUUGAAGGCGGGCGAGGUGGCUUCGGAUAUGGCGGUGGUCCUUAUGGUGGUGGUAUGGCCGCUGGUGGUGGCGGAGGUGGUGGCGGCGGCGGCGGCGGCCGACAGCUCUACAUCUCCAAUCUCCCAUUCAACGUUGGUUGGCAAGAUCUGAAAGAUCUCUUUCGCCAGGCUGCUCAGGAAGGAACGGUCAUUCGGGCCGAUGUGCACCUGGACCCAAGUGGUCGUCCUAAGGGGACCGGAAUCGUCGCCUUCGAAUCGCCUAACGACGCUCGUAACGCAAUUCAACAAUUCAACGGUUAUGACUGGCAUGGUCGCGCCCUCGAGGUCCGGGAGGAUCGCUACGCGGGUAGUGGUGGACCUGGCAUGGGAUAUGGCGGACGAGGAGGGUUCGGUGGCGGAUUCCCCAUGCGUGGUGGCUACGGCGGUGGCAGAGGAGGGUUCGGUGGCCGUGGAGGCUAUGGUGGUGGCGGCUAUUCCCGAGGAGGGUAUGGAGGUGGGUAUGGAGGAGGAGGAGGCGGUGGCAGCGGCGGCGGCAGUGGUGGUUAUGGUGGUGGUGGCGCGGCUCAAGAACCAGCAGCACCCAACCCAUUCACCGACUUUGCGACCUCUGGCGGCGAGAGAAGCCAGACGAUCUACGUGCGAAACCUUCCUUGGUCUACGAGCAACGAAGAUUUGGUCGAAUUGUUCACCACUAUUGGCAAAGUUGAACGUGCAGAGAUCCAAUAUGAACCGAGUGGACGAUCUCGAGGAACUGGUGUGGUCGAGUUCGACAGUGCCGACAACGCUGAGACGGCCAUCUCGAAAUUCACCGGCUACAUGUACGGUGGUCGACCUCUUGGACUGAGCUACGUCAAAUACACCAAUACCAACGGCAGCGAAGCGAUGGAGGGUCAAGAGGCGACGGGCGGCAUGACUCAAGAUCAAAUGAUGUGA